GUAAACAAAAGAACCGCGUUUAAUUUCAUGUGAUUGGAUGAGAUGAAAUAAAAUGUUAUGAUUAAAUCAUUAUUCACAUCAUCGUCUUGCAAUUGUGUGCUGAAUCGCUACAAUUCAAAACGAUCGGUGAUGAAAUCGAUGGCAUAACAAACUUGAAGAACAACAUCACGUACCACUGCGAAUCAACCAUGAAAGGCGUCUUUUCGGCGCCCGGUGAUUACGUUCAUUUCAAAUCCCAAGUUCCUCUUCACAAAAUCCCUAUUGGAACAAAGCAGUGGCGUUAUUAUGAUUUUGGUCCAAAAGCUGUACCUCCACUUAUAUGUCUUCCUGGAACUGCUGGAACUGCUGAUGUAUACUAUAAACAGAUUAUGUCAUUAUCCAUGAAGGUAUACAUCGCACUGCGCGGCAAAAUAUUGUUGUCGGAUACGCGGGGCUACCGUGUCAUAUCUGUAGAUAUACCUCGUGUAUGGCAUCACGCCGAGUGGAUUCAAGCGUUUGAAAAGUUUUUGGAUGCUAUUGAUGUACACCAUAUACAUCUUUAUGGAACAUCACUGGGUGGUUUCUUGGCACAACUCUUUGCUCAGCAUCGUCCAAGACGAGUUCGGUCAUUGGUUUUAUCAAAUUCAUUUUUGGAGACACAAAGUUUCUCUGCUGCAAUGCCAUGGGCACCAAUUGUUGGUUGGACUCCUUCAUUUUUGUUGAAGCGGUAUGUCUUAACAGGAAUUCGUGAUGGUCCCCAUGAACCAUUUAUUGCGGAUUCAGUUGACUUUGUUGUUUCUCAGGUAGAAACCCUCUCUAGAGAAGACUUGGCUUCCAGAAUGUCGCUGACAACAGAUGAUGCUUCAGUGGGACCCCUUCUUCUUUCAGAUUCAUUUAUCACUAUAAUGGAUACUAAUGACUACUGCGCAAUUCCUCUACAACUUAGAGAACAAUUGAGCGAAAGAUAUCCUGAGGCAAGGCUCGCGUCUUUGAAAACAGGUGGAGAUUUUCCUUUCCUUUCACGACCAGAUGAAGUCAACUUACAUCUUCAGCUGCACCUUAGACGAGUUGGGGUGGAGGCUCGGCCAGAUUUGGUUCACAGUAUUCCUAAAGGUGAUAUUGGAGGAAGUCCUAGCAAAGAGAAUGAUGGUGAUGACUCUGACAAGUCACCUAAGGAUGAUAGGGAUAAGGAUGAUAGGGGAGGAUCGGAAAAUCCAUCUUCCGAAAGUGAGAUCAGUCCUGUCCCAGAAAGCUCAGAAUCCCAUAAUUUAGACAGCCAGCAAGUUGAAAGUUCAGAAAGUUGGGACUUGGGUAAUGAAAUCACCGUGUAUGUCUUUCCUGGUGGAUUCAUGAAAGAAAAGCAUGUUAUGCCUCGAGAAAUUCCUGUACAUUUUGCGUGGGAAUACGUAGUACUAUUUCAUGUUCUUCACUACAUCAGUUCAAUGUACAUUAUUAUCUUAAACUAUUCUUUUGAAUUUAGGCAAGUUGUCUAAGUUGGAAGUCUUUUGGAUAUAUUGUAUUGUGCAUCAUGGAAACCUAGUGUGUGAAAGAAGUUGCUAAGGUCGACCUUAUAGUUGACAGGAUUUCAGAAUUCUUCGGUGAAGUUAAUUUCUUUGAGAUUUGAAAGGAUGGAUGUGAAUGGUUAAAUCAUCAAA